AUGGUGUUGCCCGAUGAGCUCCUUUCUUUUCUCGGGUGGAAUAAUUCAGAUGCAUCAUUCAGCAAUGGUCCCUACCACAUCACUCUUGAAGAAAAGCUCUUGAAUCUCCGCCGGAUUGCAUACGCGUGCUACUUCCAGGAGCUUCGGAACAACCAGCCCGUUACGCAGCGCUUCCAGAGAGCAUACGAGCUCUUAGCACAGGACGCUUUCUCCGCCGGUAAUCGCACGACUGUCUUAGCAGCUGUUGUGAACACUGCUUGGCCUCCGGGCUCAUGGACUUUUCUUGCUCCCAAUCGGAUGUAUCUCCAUACACCAAAUGGAUGCCCCAAGCAGAACAUCACCCAACGUGCAUUCAUCAGGGUGAACCAGGCCAAGAAACCUGUCUCAACAGUGACAUUGAUCGGGCAACAUGGCCAAGAAGAGUUUGACCUCCGCGACCCCUCACAGCUAUACAAGCUCUUCGACGCGGUGGUAGACAGCGAAUUCAUCUUCGCGCUGAAGGAGGCACUUCGCUUCCGAGAUGCUCUCCAGCAGACAGUGGAACCUCCACCACAGUCGACAGCCCAUGCUCAUCCGGGUUUGUCCUCUAUCACCAAGCAAUACCAGCAUGCUUGGAAUAGCCAAGUUCAGCCUCCCGCCCACGCACUCGUCAUCAAGAAUGGCCAAGUCCGACCUCAUGCUCGCGUACUCGCUAUCAAGAAUGGACCGAAGGAAGUGGCGAAAAAGCCCUCCUCCAGGAGAUUCACAGAGCAGAACUCCUUCAAGACCAACCCAUGUCGCAUGCGCUACCAGCUCCUCCCUUACUCCGCAAUCCCCUUCCACCUCAUCACCUGGUCACGAAGCGAAUCCGCGGUAUCACCUUCAGACCUCGCAGAAAGUUCCGCCUUGCGAGAUUUCAUCACCGUGGACGGCGAAGCAGGCUGCGAAUACGACGAGAUGCUGCUCUUCUACUUGAUGGGACUAGCGAUGGAGCGCCUCGAGCAAGAAGGCUUCGCUCUGUUAGCCCAUGAGGUGUGCGACCUCCGAAUCCGGUUAUCGCGGAGUAGACGCGGAGUUGAUCCGCCUUUUGGUCCCACGUCAGGACGGCUUCUCGCAGUGGAGCCACACGGGCUGAAUGAUAAGAUACAUAUUAUCUGUCGCGAAGACGUCGAGGAUAAGAUCAGGAUGUGGGUGGUGAAUGAAGACCAGGGCCAACAGAGCUGCAUCAUUCGCAUUGAGAAGCGUUCCGAGAACGCCGCGCGCACGCUUUCGAGUCUGGGGAAGAGGGAGGUAUCGUCGUCGCCGAGGGUGUACAGCGCGAUUGUGCCCAAGAAAGUGAAGGUGGAAUGA